AAGAACGUCACAAACCACCUACGGGACAGGCAGCAUCAUCUGCCGAGCGUCAGGGACCCUCCCAGUCGCUUCCACUUGCACAGGCAGAUCGGGAUCGAGAGUGCCGAGGGUGUGAAGGCCUAUGCGAAGAUGCUGAAGCAGAUGCCCGCAUGGUCAGAACGGGCGCACGAUAUGACCAUAUCAGUGGCAGCCAUGGAUGAUGCACAGAGACAUCUUCCUGCAUCUUCCCGCCUUCUCCGGAGUGUCACAUUCCCGUCGAUCACUGUCUUUGGGUGCCUCUUCUGCACCCUGCCAGGCCUGGUCGAUCGCGGAUGCUUCAGUCUGCAUCUCACACAUGACCACUUCCACCAUGAAGCAUUUGGUCCAUAUCACAACUGUGUCAAGAUCAGGUCCCUGACACUUGGUGAUGCUCUCAUUGGAUCUGAGAAACUCAUGGACUUCCUUGCUCAUCCUUGCAUCUCGAGUAGCUUGUAGAGACUCAUCAUCAUUGAUUCCAAUCACUACUUCAGU